AUGACUGAGGCUACAUACAAAUUAGAUUAUCUCAGUAUUGGGUAUGCAGCUUUUGUGUUUGUUGAAGGUGCUUUGGGAUAUGUAAAGGCAAGUAGCGUCCCAUCUCUUCAGUUCAGUGGAUUGUUGGGGGUGGGGGUGUACCAGGCGGCACACAACCCCCGCCACUGGCUGACCCCUCUACUCACUAAUUAUGCCUUGGCGGGGGCUAUGGGCAAACGCUUCAUGCGCUCCAGUAAAAUGUAUCCUGCUGGAUAUAUCACAUUGUUCAGUACCAAGGUGCUACUUUCCUGCGCUCUCCAUGGCUGCCCUCUCCCCCGCACUCCCAAAUCUCUCCGCUCCUAUCCUCUCCCGCACACCACCCACCUCUCCUAUGCUCCCCCCUCGACUUUCACGCUCAACACUACGUUGUCUUUAUUUAUUGUUUAG